AUGCGGCUCAGUUCACUAUUCAGGCUCUGCGUGCUGUGGAGCUUUGUGGUGGUCACGACCUCCAUGGCCAAAGCUGCCAAGAAGAAGGUGGCAGGACGAAGGUCGAGACAGGUGUAUGAGGCAGAGCCUGUGGCGGGGGUGUGGUCUCCAUGGGUUAUCUCACCUGCGAACCCUUACUACCUUCCUCGUUACCCCGGGCAACACCCAUCGUAUCGCUCCCCAUCAGUCUCCAGAAACAAUAACGCUGGACUGCCUUUGUAUCGAAAUACGCCCCGCGGAGGUGAGGGGCCUCCUGUCCCGGGACAAACCAACCGCGCGCCGACUUUUUACCAUCCAGAGUUCUCCCCAGCCAAUCAGGACCCUGUGUCUGCUUACCGAUCUCCCUACACAUCAUCAAAUGGCUACGGUCAGCCAGCACGGAUCAGGAGGCCGGCCAAUCCCGAGGCAGUGAGAGGUGGAGGGGGUGGGAGCAGACGCUCGGUCUCCACCGGCCGGGAGGGUCCGCUUGCCAGGAGGUCGUCCAGCAUUCGUCCUGGUCAGUUUGGGUACGGCAAGGUUCCCUUUUCUCUGCCUCUGCAUCGUCCCAACCGGCAGACUCGCCACACGGCUAACAGCACUGAUGAUGACACGAUGAAGAGCGGAACGGGGGAAGAAGAACAAGAGAGGGACAGUGGUAAAGAGGAUGGGGAGGUGAGCAGGACGGAUGGGAAAGGGAGGCAGGAUGUUAGGGAGGCACCUGCUGCUGAGGAGGCACCGGCACCGACCCUCACCCCCGCCAUCCCACACCGGCGUUUGGACAGACCCCCGAACCCCCACACGGACCCUGGAAGGAGCAGAGCUCCUCUCCGUCGCCAGUUUGCGCGCCCCCAUUUCCCCUCGGUCUUCAGUAGCCGCCAGCGGUUUGACUGGAGCUCCGUCACUGCCCCGCCUCCUCCCACAGCUCCUCUAUCGCAGCCACUCUCCUCUGGAGGCCUUUUUUCCUCCCCUCUCCACCGCCCCAGCUCCGCGCACAGGAACGGCGAGCUCCAGCCGGGCUUCAGCCCCCAAACUCCCGCGGCAGGCGGCGUCUACCCCCUACAGCACCCGCACGCCUCACACCUGGGCGCCCAGGCCGGCGGGCCCUCAGCCGGAGAAUCUCCUCAGGCGUACAGAUGCUCAGGGCCUGAGAAGGAGUACCGCAGGUGCUUCUCACAGGUGUGCGGGGGUGGAGCGUUGGAGCCCAGAGCGGAGCAGUGCGCGGCCUUUAACACCCAGGAGUUCAUGGGUCGCGUCUAUAACUGGGAGCCUUUCACUGAAGUCGGUGCCGAUAAGCAGUGUGAGCUGACCUGCAGACCUGCUGGCUAUAGAUUCUACGUUCGGCAGGCAGAGCGGGUCAGGGAUGGAACGCCAUGCUUCAACGUUAGCACAAAUGAUGUGUGUGUAGAGGGAAGAUGUAUGACGGAGGGUUGUGAUGGGGUUCUGGGCUCCAAUGCUGUGGUUGACAAGUGUGGGGUAUGCGGUGGGCAGGACACCUCCUGCCAAAAGGUGACGGGAAGCUUCCAAAAUGCCACGGUUCCCUUCGGUUACUACAAGAUCCUGGACAUCCCACCCGGAGCCACGUUCAUCAACAUUACGGAGAGACGAGCAAGCCCUAACUACCUGGCCAUGAGGAGCGGCACAGGGGCGUCUGUGGUGAACGGGCGCUGGGUUGUUGAUGCUCCCGGGGAGUAUCAGGCAGGGGGGACCACUUUUACCUACACCCGACCCAGAGCGCAGUCAGAAGGGGCGGAAGAGAGAGGGGAGUCCCUGAGGGCACGAGGACCUACCACAACACAGCUGCAGCUAUAUCUCAUAUUCCACAAGGAGAACCCAGGUAUCGACUAUGAGUUCUACAUCCCUGUGGAGAAGAAGGACGGAGAGAUGGAAAGACUUAUAGAAAGGGAGAGGGAGACGUCCAGAGAAGCACCCUGGGAGAGACUGAGGGAGCGAGAGCCAGCACGGGCCCCCCUUCGUGGACCCUACACUGUGUCAGUAGAAGAACCUCCUCCUGCUCCUCCUGUUUCAGACCCGUCUUUCUCCUCCUCCUCCUCUUCGUCUGUGUUCUCUCCCCAAUCCUCUGAUCGGUGGAUGCCUCAAAGGACACGCUCACGAGCAUCUGCACCAAACAGGAAUGCUCGAAUCCCCCCUCGUACUGACCUGCCACCCGACACCCAGUUGCCCUUUGUUUGGAGUCGAGGUGGCCUCACAGAGUGUUCUGCCUCUUGUGGCAAAGGUUCUCAGUAUAGAGUCGUUCUAUGUAUAAACCGCCAUACAGGCGAAGAGGUGCCAGGCAAUAAGUGUGACUCUGCAGCCAAACCCGUUCCUGAGGAGGAACCUUGUAACACGCACCCCUGCCCAGCAUUCUGGGAGGCCAGUGCGUGGUCAGAGUGCAGCGUGUCCUGUGGAGCCGGUGUGCAGCAGAGGCAGCUUCAGUGCAGACAGAGCUUUGGAAACCGCUCCACCAUGGUCCUCCCCCAGCGUUGUGCCAGCCUCACCCCACCAGAGUCCACACAGACAUGCCAGCUCCGCCUGUGCUCCCACUGGGAGGUCAGCUCGGACUGGAGCACGUGCUCAGUGGACUGUGGAUUGGGGAGAAGGACACGGAAUGUGCGUUGUGUCAGCGAUCAGGGCAGCAUAGUAAACGACAACGAGUGCAACUCCAGGCUCCGCCCACAGGGAGCUGAGGAGUGUAACAUGGGCCCCUGCGUGACCAACUGGUACUUCAGUGACUGGUCCAAGACUUGUUCUGCACAGUGUGGCCCUGGGGUGCAGAAGAGAGAAGUGGUGUGUCUUACCAGAGGAGGGGUCAGAGAGGGUGGAGGAGGAGGUGACUGCAUUGCUGAAAAACCCGCUGAGAUGAAGGCCUGUAACGGAGGUCCAUGUGUGCCGAUAUCCAUGUGGUACAGCAGCCCCUGGUCACAGUGCAACGUGCCAUGUGGAGAUGGAACGCAGCGACGAGACAUCAUUUGUGUCGAGAAGAUGGAGAAUGACUUUACCGUGGUGCCAGCCACAAAUUGUGCUCAUCUGGAGAAGCCUGCCGCUGUCCAGGAAUGCGAAAUGGGGGAAUGUCAGCCACAGUGGUUCACAACAGAGUGGAGCGCGUGUUCCCAGUCCUGUGGGAAGGGCUUGCAGGUCAGGGAGGUGCGGUGCCUAACGCCGGACCGAAGGCACAGUCAAGCGUGUGACGUCAGCGCUAGGCCCGAACAGGAACAGGUCUGCAACGCAGUCCCGUGCGGCCUGCAAAUCACAGAUAAAAACUGCAGGGACAGACGCGAUAACUGCUUGAUGGUGGUGCAGGCCAGAAUGUGCGUCUACUCCUACUAUAAGACUGCCUGCUGCGCCUCCUGUGCACAGAGUACCCAGCGGGCCAAGAGGCACUGA